UUUUUUACCUGCUGCUCUAGAAGUCUAUUAGGAUGUUUAAUUAAAAAUCAACCAGUUCAUUGUUGGAACUAUGGCUGUUGCAUUGACGUAUUCGAAAGAACCCCUGAACUCUACAGAAAUUGAACUGGAAGUGGAUGGCCCUGAUCAAGAGGUUUCAGAUGCCAUGGGACUUGAGAGCGCGUCUCCUGAUAUGGACAAACCAAGGUCACGCAGUUUGUCAAUUUCUAAUGUUGCUUAUCAGCUUGAAAGAGAUGGCAUGGCGUCGCCUAUCGUGAGAGCUUUUGCACGGAGUGCUAUGAACCGCUGGCGCGGAAAUGUGGAAAAGAAGAUAACUAAAAGACUUAUGGAGGUGAAAGCGGAGAGAAAAAAACGCGAUGCCGACGCCAAAGAGAUCGCGCAACUUGUUGCUAGAACAAUACCUCUUGACAUUUUGGCCAGAGACUGGCUCAAUGAUAAUGAUAUUACUUCAGAAGUAAGGGUGUAUUUGUUAGAAAAUCUUAUGCCAACUUUGAUAUUGGGAGUGGAGAAACUGCUAGGCGAGGUUGAAAAGAAAGGACUUACUGACUCUGAAGGCUUCUGUCCAACUUUUAAUCCUAUCAAUUACCUGGCUCAGUUUUUAAUGAGAAAUAAUCCUAGGUAUAGCAAUUUUGCAGAAGCAUCACCUUAUGCAAAAGGUGUCCGUAAGGUUGUGGAUGACCUCAAAAGGGAGGUGUUUUCAUUGGAGGAUAACAAACUGGCCAAACUUAAGGCUGAGGCCAAAAAGCGACGUGAAGCAAGGGAUAAAGAAGAACACCUGAGGAACAUGGAAAACCGUCGUCGUUCCAUUGCUGUGGAGGAAAAAUUUCCUGAGUGGACGGGGAAUUGGAAUGGUGCUCUGCCACUAUCAGUUGUGAGUGAGACAUCAAUAAAUUAAAUGUGUUUUAAAACACAUUCGCCCCUGACCCACCUGUCGCUGCCUGUGCAGAUCCACCCUCCUUGUACCACUCAUGACGUCAUCAGAUUUAACAUUCAAGGGCAACUUUGUCAUCUAACUUGUGAGGGGAACAAGAUCUUUCAAACCUAACCAGAAUGAGCAUGAUUCCGUCAAAGAGACUGAAGAAAAAUGUGAAGAAUAAAAACAAGAAAAGUUGACCCGAAAAUUUCAUUGAAAAUUUUGUUCCUCUGCCCACCUGCACUUCUUUUCACUUACAUCUUAAAAGCUUUCUGCAAACCUUUAGCCUCAAAAAUGAAGCCUAGUAAAUUCCUAGCAAAAGAAAAAAACAGGGCAAGAAAACUAAGCAGAAAAUUUUUGGAAAUUUUGCUUUCUGUGCAUGCCUGAACUUCAGAAGCUGAUAUUUAGCAUCUGAGACAGAGGGCCACAAAGUGCUCAUCUUAUAAAUAGCGUACUGGACAGUACUGGCGAGACAGUGAUUGGGAAAUUUUAUUCUGAAUCUUCUUCUGCGUGGUUUUCUAGAUUUUGCCACUCUUUCAGUCUUGAGAAAAGAAUUUUUCCUGUUCUAAUAGACCAGGCCUAUUAAAAAAAUUUGGUGCAUUUAUUUACUAGGUUCAGAAUGUGCUCAAAUCAUUUGAGGAGGAAAUUGCUGUUUCUCUUCCAGAGGAAGUCAGGAAAGGUGUGUAACUGCUGUUGAUAAAACUGGCUUAAAACACUCACAAAAAAAAACCAAGAAGUGGAUGUGCGUGUAAUUUCUAGGUUACUUUUAUGUUAGCCUGCAAACAAAGAUGUAUUUCCGGUCAUUGCUUGUCUUUCUAUAUUGUCUUGUAUAUUAAUUUUGUUUUAUAAUGACACCAGGGUUAUUAAAUGUACAGUGGCAUAUAAUGUAAACAAUAUUAUUUAAUUUCACCAUUCCCAUAUCAAAGUCCUCUAAAUUGUAUGUUUCUACAGAUGGCAAAAUUUGUUUUUCCAGGAGACUUAAUUUAGCAUGGAAUUAUUUUUUUUAGGAGCAGCAUUUCUGAUUCCUCUUGAACCAACAGACUCCACUGGUAAAAUGGUUAAUAUGCAGCAAUUUAAAGAUGUAAGGAACUCAUUGCUAUUAGUUAAGACAUUGUUAAAAAAGUUUCCAGUUUUAAUCUUUAGCAUUUAUGUGUACGAUACGCGUAUCUCUGAGUUUUCUAGCUUUUAAAACCAGAAGGGCUUGCUUUGCCUUGAUGUUGUUUAUACCUGUCAACCUCUGUUUGAGUCUUUAGCCUGAGAUUUUUAUGUGAGGGGUCUGGCUCUAUAUAAAGGGUUAAAUUCCAACUAGUGACAUGGCCUUGAAACAGCAACAUAAAGGACAGAUGAAAUCACAACAAAUGACACAAUGUUCGGUUGAAAGGACAAGUCAGCAACAAAGACAAGCCUAUAUAAAUACGGUUGCAAAAUAAUAUCAACGAGGACAUGGCUUCGCCCUCAUAACUAUGUGAAAGUGCAAGUUUUGAAAUUCAGAGUAGGGACAAUAAUGUUAUAUUCCUUCCCUAAGAGAGUCUAAGGGGUGACAGGAUAUUUUUGUUGUGAACCAGGUCAUAUCUGACCAUUUUAGAAGACUUUCUGAAGAUUUCUGAACUUUAUAAUAAUACAUUAUAGUGCGCAAUUUUCCAUAAAAAUGUUCAAACUCAUCCCAGAGAGUUCUAAAGUCCUCAAGAAAAUGAUUACCGGUAUGCCCUAGUCUGUGCAGACUGUCAAAGUCAGAGAUUAUUGGAAAAGUAUUGAUCAAUCAACUUUUCUUUUGUACAAUUGCUUUACAGUACAUUAGACCAUAUGCUGGUAAUCUAUCCAAGGAAGCUUUCAAUGCAUUUGUGGAGCACUUGUCACGUUGUGCAGCUCAUUACAGGACUGCCACUGUUAAGGAAGCAAUGAGGUGAAAAACCUUACCUAAAUAUAAACAAAACUGUACUGUAGGGGCUAAUAUAUUACUGCUUAUGGCACAAUGAAAUGUCAUUAAAAUUCAGAAUUAUUAUCUUUACUAAAUAUUAUUAUUAUCAUUUUUUUUUUUCAGAUUAACUUUGAGGAAUCUUUUCUUGAGUUGUGACAUGAAGAAUGUAUGUGAGAACGCUUAAUUGUAACAUGUCAGUGGUAGCAACCAUUCAUGAUUCUACUUUUUGCAUUAUGUGUCCUCAUUUUUGCACUGUGUUCACAAUAAACUGCAUUGCUCUUAACCAAUCAGAUUCAAUAAAUUUUUGUAUGUAUACUAUUUUUUAAUUCACAAUUCACUAUAUCAUUUAAAAACAAUGCAAGAGGUUUCUUAUCAAUAAUCUAUUGUUUUAUCUGUUCUUUUCUUUAUAUUACAUUAGGCUGGCAUGGUGGAUAGAAAACGCAUUUUGAACAUUCUCUCCUCCUUUUAUGACAAUGCAGCAGAUGCUGUUAGGAGCUCUUUGCAGAACCCAAGAAAAUGUAAGUGAAACAAAUUCUUAGUAUAACUUUUUAAAAGCCCUUUCUCUGAUUGGAAGAAAACAACAUCAGCAUAGUGCAAUUUGAAUGGAAGUGGCACAGCAGAGUUUCUCUUAAAAUGAGAUCUCACCAGAAAGAUAAAUUGUGUCCUAAUCAAACAGAUUAAAAACAAUGAUACAGUCCUUUAAGUAAGCUUGCAUACCUAAGUUUGCUUGAAUUUUACUGGUGACGUAUUUUCUACAAACUCGCUCUAUCAUUUUAUCAUCUGCUUUUGCUGCUUUGAACCAUUCAGACACAAACAUUUUUACUCACUUAUAGUUUUUUGUAUCACCAUUAUCAUAAUAUUUGCUUACGUUGUAAGCUCCCCAGUUCAACUGGAAGCCAUUAAAAUGUUUAACUUCCAGUCUUGGUAGAGAUGUACAUAAUGCUAAAAUUUACAAUGACCCAAGUGAACCUACAGUAUCUGUAGAGAUAAUUAUAAAUGGUAAUUUUAGAAAGGUAGUGAGGCCUAAAGUCUUAAAACGUGGUGAAGAUACUCUCUGAGGAGAAUAGCAUUGCAUGGCUCUGUAAGGAAGUCUGCAAGGGUAGGAGAAUAAAUUAAAUGUUUCAAUGGUGCAUUGUCAUGUUUAGGGCCUGUUUUGGAAAUAGAAGAAACUAGUGAUGAAGAUGAAAUGAUGAACGUUAAGCAAGACGCUGGAACAGGAACAGACGACCAAGAGAAAGAACAGACUGAAGAAGAAGGACAAAAGGAGAAACCAUCACAAGAUGAAACAGCUGGGGAGGAGGAGAGUGAAAAUGCUGAAAAACAAACUUCAGAUGAAGAAAAUAAACAAGAGACAACGGGUGAAGAAGUGAUGCAAGAUGGCGAAGCAGGGGAGAAAGAGGAAAAUAAAGAAAAUGUUGAAGAACAAGCUGAAAAUCAAGAAGAUAAACCAUCAGGUGUGUUUUGUAUUGGUUCAGGUAAGAUAAUUGUAAGAUUGUGGAUUCCACGCUGUUAAUUACGGAUUCCACGUGCUGAAUUCUGGAUUUCUCCUUUUAAGUAGACUUGGAUUUGGGAUUCCAAUCAGUAGCAGGAUUCUGGAUUCCUUGAGCUGUAUUCCAGAUUCCACAAAAAAAAUUCCUGGAUUCCAGAUUUCACUAGCAAAUAUUUCCCAGAUUCUGGAAUCUGGAAAGCCCUACAUAUGCAUAAGGCGAUUUCAGAAACUUAUUAGACUGAACAGAGAAACUGCAAAGGGUUAAAGUUCAGGAUUGUCUGUAAUUCUGAUGGAAACGUGGAUGAGAUUUAGCUCUAUUUUUUUUUUACCAAUAUCAUUCAAAACCUUAAUAUAUGGUAUUGCCGGUAGUUUUCAAAACUGCCCAGCAAAAUUGUAGUUCUAAGCUCUUAAAGUAUUCUCAAGUGUAAAUUCAGUUAGUUGAUCCGUGUGUUUUAUAUUCGAUUAGACACUUCUUUUCUAUUAUCAACGCUUCUGAAUCAGACAAUCUUCUUAUAAUGCUGCUUUAUUCAAAUGUCUCAUAAACACUCCCCUGAAUAAUUUGUAAUUUCAGAUGAAAAGAUUGAUGAAAAAGACAAGCUGAAACAGACUGAAGAAAAAGACAUUAAAAAGUUAAUGAUAGAUGAUGAGGAGGAAGACAGGAAAUUGUUGGAAUCCAUCCCUGAUGAAAGUAAGUCGUGUCUAAUGUUGAUAUUAUCAAAGGUGCUAUGUCACGAGUACAUUGUUGUUAGGUCAAUUUUGUGCUUGAGUCAUUUAUACUUAGUUCCUUACCCAUACACAAAAAGCUCUUCUGGAGUUAUAACGACUAUAUACAUAAAUUCCAUCACGGAGAUUUUUGGUGAUUUUUGCAGGCAUUAAAACUUGGCCUAGUUUUUUCAAGUUUUAAUCCAUGUUCUUUCUUGCCAUUCGUAAAGCAACCAAUGACAGUAAACAGGUCAGUCCCUCAAUAUACUCUUGAAAACCAAAACUGGACCAUUAUUUUUGGAAUUCAGUGGGUGCAAGAAACGUUUUCGCUUGUUAAAAAGACAGCAAAUUACGUAGCAUAGACCCUUUAAACUUUGAAAAGCCUGACUAAAAUUGUUUUAGUCAAGUAGCGUUUUCAUGAUUUGGCUUUGACUGGUGGGUUAUAUCACAAGUCCGGUGCUUUGUCCUCCUAGCCACACUCCCUCCUUUAUGCAUAAUGAUAACAUGAGACACUGAUGAGAAAGUGUUUCAAUGCUUUUCUUCCUUGUUCAUUAGUUGACGAUCAAAUGUCCGAUGACGAAGACACAGAGACAUCAGCCAGUACACUGCCCAGGCCCAAAUCAGCCACUGAGGGAUCGGCAUUUGAUGAAAACUCAUUAAAUCAACCUCAGUUUAUACAUCUGCUGGAGAAGUUUCUUGGAGAUGUUCCAAUCAAGUAAGUUGGGAAUCGCACGUUUUUUUCGAGCACUCUCCAUUAGAAUUCCGAAUAGAGUGGAUUUUUGAUUUCUGAUGUCAUUCUUUUGAAGACAAACACCAAAUACAAAAAAGGAUUUUGCCCCACCCUCUGGCUUUGUAGUUGUUUGGGAAAUCAGCUCCAUAUGAGAAUUUCUCUAUCGAAAAAUUAAAAGACGUUAGAUGCCCAAUCAUCGAGCAAGCAUUUGGUGCAAAUCAGAGACAAAAACGUGCAAAUCUCAAGUCUUGAGCUAAAGAACCUUGACACAAGGCAUAUGCUUUGCAUUUACUUCCAUGUAUGCCGAGAUAAAAUUUAAUCUUGUGACACUUCUUUCGUUAGUUCUGGCGAACCUUUUUUAAGAAACAAACCUCUGUUAUUGCUCCAUAACUCCUUUCCUUAAUACGAAUGGCUGCAUAACACAGGCUUGAUUGUAUUUGUUUCUUUCAAUAUAGGUCAGUAUUCGAUGAUCUUGUGCGAUUUGUAAGAGCUUCAUAUAUUGAGACAGACGAUGAACGAAUAGCGAGGAUGAACAAGGUAUGUGUACGAUUGGUAACAACUUCCUAUUGCAUCCCCGUCGCAUGUGUCUCGCGCUCCGCGCCUGCUACGCGAAUGCCUUCACUCGCCUAAAAAACGCUAAAAAAUAACGCCUGUUGUACAUGUGCAGGCUAUAUUGCAUUAUACAAGACAAACACAACCUUUUAUUAGUCUGUCGAGCAUGUUCACUGUCGUGGCACAAUUCGCACCAAGGCAAAACCAAGCACUCCUAAUUGAAAGCUCACUCAAGAUAAUCUGGACUUGGUUUAUUGCUGUGUUCGCAGGCUCGCAUGGAAGCACGUUCUGCCAAGAGGCGCCGUCAGGUUGAUUUGCUGUAUGAGUUGUGGGAUGUGAACGCUUCGGGAUACCUCGAGCUGGAAGAGAUACAAGUUGUAUUGAACAAGUGGCGCUCGGAUGGAAUUGAACAUUUUAAAGAAGGUAGAUACGACUGAUUCAGCCAAGAAACUUUCGUUAGAUGUAUGUACAUGUAUGUGAGAUAGGUCCUUUUAAGUUAUGAUGGUGUUACUGCUGUUAUCAUUAAUGAUGAUGAUGAUGAUGACUGGUGAUCAUGAUGAUGACGAUGAUGAUGACGGUCAUAGUGAUGAUUGACGACGAUGAAGGACAUGAUGGGUACACGUUGUGCAGAGGUGGUCGUCUGUAUUUAAAUCCACUGAUAAGCCUUUACUUUGCUUUUACACGAUUUUAAACUAGGACGCAGGUUUUUGUGCGGCUCAAGACGUGUUAAGACGUAAAAACUCUUACCGUUACUUACAUUUCUUUUCAGCUCUGGAAAUAUUUGGUCGAGUUGACAGCACUCUCAACAAACGCACAUUCCGUGAGUGUCUGGAUGCCAUAGUGAAGUCCUUUACAGACGAGGAUGUCUUUGAAUCACUUAUCGAAUUUCUUACCAAAAGCGUGGAGGUAAGAACGUAAUAUAAUUUACCUUCUGUUUCUAUGUUAUUGCCGCCUUCCUCCCUUUGCUUGGGUGCCACCAUUGAUUCGCAGUCAGAUGGUUUCAAGAGAAAACGGAUGUAGCAACAACAUUUUGGACUGGUUACGCUUUCUUAUUUCGCGGCAAAAAUGUAUAAGUAUUAAUAUGAGUAGUCGGUCGAAGAGAUUAAACGAUUUUUCCCCUUAAUUUCUCCAUGGUGAAACGAAUGUUAGUGUGUUGGCUAUUAAUGUCGUUAAAAAAGCGAUAGCUUCAUGUACUGAAUGGAAUAAAAAAGGUGUCUUCUACACAACAUUGAUGAAAUAGAACCUCAGGACUAAAGGGUUCUCAUGUUGUUCUAACCAGGUAUUUUCAUGGCGUCCUUUUCUCUCUUUUCCGCGAACAGCAUGAAAAGAUCCGGUUAGAACGAUAUGAAGGCCCUGAGGUUUUAUUAUGUCAUCUUUAUGUAUAUGACAUCUUCUGUAUAUCACUUAGAACAGGACGUUAUCGCUUUGUUCUUAAUUCCUUUUAAAUGAUUUUCUUUUCAGCGGUCAUUUGAAGAGCGCAAGCGUGGUGAUGCACGGAAAAAAUGGAUGACAAUGAUUGAUGCCGCUGCACAGACCGGCGGCGCACAACUCGAUCCAGUCUACCGCGCGGUGUACCAUGUUCUUAACAAAGAUGCAGAAGAGCAUGGUAGAGGAAAGAUCAUCAGCUCCUCAGUCAGCAUGCUUGAAAAUAACGAUGAUCCAUACUUGUUGCACCGUGGGGAAACAGUUUUACGUUAUGUUUCGUGUACUAUGGAUGACAUCCCUCAUGUGCUUGGCAAAGUAUUGUACAGGGACAUGAAAGCGAUAAGCUGGGCUGUGUUGGACUCUGGAAAGCCUAUUCACGUGCCUAAAGUAUCCACUCACGCUGGAGUGACGAUGUGGAAUCCUUACAAGAGAGAGGAGGUCAGAACAAUAUUCCUGUAAUUUGGGUCAGUGGGCUUUAAAAAGUGACCCCUCCCUCACGGGCAUGUUGUAAUUUCCUAAUUUAACUGAAUUUCGUGACACAGUGCCUUUAAUACUUUGCUAAAACGGGCUGUUCUUGUUUUUCAGGGCGGAGAUGGCUCUUUCAUCGCUCUCCCUCUCAAAGAUCACGAGCGAAGAGUUAUCGGAAUCCUGGGUAUCGACACACUAGCAGAUCCCCACAAACCAGUGUUUAUCACGCAUGAAAUAAGCUUCUUCCAGGGCGUGGCCAAAGCGCUUAGCCAGGCCAUUCAGUUUGUUGAUAUCCGCCGAAAAACCCUCCGAGUUGCAGAAUCAGCUGUCUCUUGGAUACUUCGGCGUAGUCCCAAUGUACAAAAUGUUAAUGUGUAUAUGGUGGAACCCGGAUUAAAGGUGAGUUAAAAGACUGUUGCUGACUGAAUUCCCCUUGCGUCACUUAUCCUCCGUUUCUUUGAAACAAAUAUGAAGGCUCGCGUCGCCCAUAUAUUUAGUUCUUGUGAAAAGAAGUCUUAUGUUUGACAUAUCCACUCUACCAGGGUACGUUUCCAAAAAGAAAUUGGUGAUCGCCACUCAACAUGGACAAAAACUUUGUGAGACACUCUAUAAUGCACCCUUAGCCUAAGAACACUGCCAUCUCCACUCGCUCCUUGCGCCCGUAGUUAGUGGUGAAGAGCACGGAGAGACGGCUGUAUUUGCGGGUAGACUGCCUGUACGGCGUCUUCCCAAACGUUCUCGGUCAAUGCAUUACCCGAAACGCAUCGGCCACGCGCAAUAAUGUGGCCUAAACUGUCACAUGGAGUUGAAAGCAUAUUCUUGUCUUAGUUUUGCAUUGUUUUGAUAUAUGACUAGUUGAAGUAUCUCACGCCGUACUACUCUUCUUGAUUAUUUAUCAAAGAAUUUUCAAUUUGUGUUUACAUUGCGCCUUUAUUUUUCUUUUUUAGCCGACUGAUGGAUUGGUUCUUCGUCGAAUGAUGACUUUGGCUCAUAACGGAGUUAGUCAACACUACACAAGUCCACCAAGACUGGAUAGACGAGAUAACCUGUUCAGGUAAUUUAAGAAAAUUAGUUGACCCUCUACCCAAUGCGGAAACCUUUUUAUCAUAAACAAUUCACUCGCACUCGGUCAAGAAGGGUUAGCCACAGGGUACAAAGACACUUUGCUGGGACGCAAGCAACGUAGUGGGACCUUGAAAAGAAAGGAAAUUAUCCUUUUUGGUUACGCAAGUCCUUUUUUUUCUUGCCUCGCUGCGUUGCUUGUGACCCAGCAACGUUUCUUUUGUGUCGGCUGGUGGUUGUUUAGCUGCCAAGGGCUCUUUCAUUUUGUAAAGUUCACUUCUAUUAUACAUACACCAGCGCCAUACCGAGCAUAUGUACCGACCGUCACUUAUUUGAUGAGCAAGCAACCAAGUAAAAGAGCUGAGGUCCAAUAUCAUGAUGCAAAUUUUUCUUCCUUUUCAUUGGCCGGGAGCCCACCAUGUGACCUGCAACUAACUGCCUAUAAAUAAUGGUCUGCUCAUGCGCAAUGUCGUCCAACUGUGUUUGGCGGCAAAUCAAUCUCGACUUCUGCGCAUGUAGAGGAGAGAGAUCAAAACACCACCACUGACAAGACACGAUAUUUGUGAUAACCGAGUUCAGUAACUGUUAAUUAUUUGCUCAAUAAUGUUGAGAAUUUUUCUGUUAUUCGAUUUCAGGGACUACUUGUUCAAAUGUGUAGAAAGUUCAGAGACCAUCACCGCGGACGCUUACGGUGAGCGUCAUAUGGCCUUUCCCCUCAGGGAUGGGGAGGGUAAAGCUGUUGCUGUGGUAGACAUCAGUAUUGGCGAACUGAAGGCCCUCCCGCCACACGAGAACAGAGAAAUACAGCGCAUGCUCAGACUUCUGGCUAUCGCACACAGGGAAGUGGCGCGAGAGAUCACCACGGGUGCAGCUGAGAAAAAUAUUGUUUUAGGUGAGUUGAAAUUCAGUUCGUGCUACCUUUAGAGUAGUUUCCAGUUUAGUCUCAUAAAACAUUGAAGUUCUCACUUUUACCAAUCACAGACGCAUGAAAUUUUUUGUCAGUUUUUAAGCAUUUUACCUCUAUUAAGUAACAACUGUUGGUUUGGUUAUUUAGAGGUGGAAAAAGAAUACGAAGACGCUCGCAUUGAUGUGCUGUUUGACAGACUUAUGCUUUUGGACCUGAGAGAGAAUGUUGGAAGACUGGACGCCAGGUAGUUUUUUAUUUCCCUGCUGACAGUGGGAAUGGUGACUCACAUUAAGCGAGAUGAUGACCCUCUGAUCCAUUAAAGAAAUGGGAAUAUCAAUAAACGAAUAGCGUGCCCUACCACCCUCUUUAUGCUACAGUCACCUAAACUAUUGUGUUGUUCUGUUGUCAAGCACACUGCCUUCUCCAAUUCGGGUUUGGUACAUGACAAUGUGCGGUCUCGUUUUCACUUGGGCUCUUCGGCGCGAGUUUGAUGUCCCUAAAUGGAUUGUCUGGGUUCGGUCGAAUGGUCCUAUUCCAUAAUAAGAACCCAGAAAAAGAUUUCCUCAAAUUUCUUCUAUAAAUUGCUACGGGCAUUUUAAUAUUUUUUGUCAUAUAAAUUUGCGGAGGAAACGAAAGAACGAUGACUUUUACUCUUGGCCCAGAGUAAGAACAGAUGGACCCGAUCUAAGGUGCACCUCUACGUAUGGAGACCAGUGAACUGUUACUGAGAAAAGUGGGAGGGCUUUAAUUUCAGAUACCUCUCUCCUGGAAAAGAGUCUCAGUACUUAUAUUCUUAUUAAUUUAAUUGUUUAGAGCCUUCGCUGAGAUCAAAAGUUACAAAGAUCCGCCUAAAGUGAUCCACGACAUUUUAAAAGCCGUGUUGGGAAUCUUCUACGUAGACCCGCAGCAGCAGGAACGAUUUAACGAAUGGAGAGAGUGUAAACAGCUAGUAAACGCAGACCUGGUCCGUCUCAUCACAUCCUACGAUCCCACAGCAAGGAGCAACGCACGUGGGGUGGACGCCAAGUCGCUGGCAGGAAAACUUCAGCGUAAGUUUGUCCAAAAUUCAUCUUCUCUGCUUUACGACUUUGUUUGACCCAAGAAUUAUCUUAUUUUAAGCAACACCUCUCUGGGUAACAGGCAUCUUGAAGACAGAUUGCCGUCAUACUGGACAAGGUUGAGAUCUGACUGUAAGCUACUCUCAAUGGAAGACUGGGAUGCUUCCGGUCACAGUUGUAAUGAUUAUGGAAAACGAACUGGCGUAGCCUAUGUACAGACGCCCCCUCCCCUGAAAAAAAGGGGGAGGGGGCGUCUGUACACAGGCUAGAACUGGCGCAAUAACAGUAACACUUACCCAGUCGGUCCUAACAGUAAAAUGGCCACACCUUUCGAUUUAAUCCAUAGCAGUUGUAACCUGAGAUCAAGCCCAGUGUUAGCGGUUCUUAUACAUUCUCUCUAACGGCUACCGUUCGUUUCGCCUUGCCCGCCGGAAUGUUAUUACAAAGCGAAACGAAAAUUGAGCCCGAUCUUAGGUUAUAGCAGUUGAAUCUAUCAAGCGGAGCUACUGAAAAGUACUACUAGUACUUCUCAUUGGCUCCUUUUGUGUUGAAGUGAUCUUACACAACCUCUAACACAAACAUACUCUCUCAAAAUACUCAAAAUACACUCUCAAUUGGUUCAAAUAGUAGGCUUGAAAAUUAAGUGUUUUCCUUUUCUUUCAGGUGUGCCCCAAGGACAAGUGGCCAAGCACGGCUCCUUGCCUGCUCAGUUUCUGUUUAACUGGGCCUUUGUUUGCUUAUCAUUGAUCGAACACACGGAGAAGAUGAGCGAAACAAGGCCAGGAAAAGUCGUGAGCCCGCAGGCGAAAAGCGAAGUGGUCACCGACAUAGGCAAAGGACGACCGUCGCCCCAGGAUACUACAACACGGUCUGAAAUGACGGACUAAACGGGGUCCAGGUGGAGAAAUAUCCCGUUCAGUUCUACGCUUCUCAACAUCUCAGUGGUAGCUCUGAGUUGGUUAAUUGAGAAACUGCAACGGAAAGCAGUUAACCGUGUUUUAUCACAAUAUUUAUUGGUCACUGAACAGUUAGUAGUCAGUAUUCAACAAGCUUUCUACCUGUAUCGAGCCUGUGUAUAGAAAAGUGUUUGAUUUUCUCGUGUAGAGUAAAAUUCGAAGGGGACAGACGUUAAAUUGUGCCUAGAAAUGUGUGUCAUAAAGGAGACAAACUGCAUGCCUCAAGUCAUCUGUAAAGUUGUAUAGGAACAAAGUACUCUCUAAGAAACUGUUAAAAAAAGGUUUUCAAUUUGAGUUCCGUAAAAUACCAUACUGGUCAGUGGUAGAACCUUUUUGUAGGAGUCACCCAGAAUGUUAGCACAGUUACUGACGAGGCUAGAUAUAGUCUUAGUUUGGUGUCCGAAACAGCGAUGUGUCCCAUGUGACAGAUUGAUUGGGGUUUGUUGCAAACUAUGAGUAUCUGCUGAAUCUGCGAAAAGACUCUAUUUGAUAUCAAUUUGACAUAAACUUGGACUCAGACGAACUCUUAAAACUAAUAACUGCAUGGAAUUGUUUAUUCCCUUAACGGACACCUAAUUUGAAUGAAUAUUUUCUAAUAUUUUUGUAGAUAUUUUUGUACAUAUUUGUAUCGGGAAACUAAGUAACUGUGCCAGCUUCUUGCGACCCAUUCUUGUUUGUGAUUCUGUCGAAAAGCGGUUU